UUUUCCCCAGUUUGUCCAACUGAAGCAGUUCCUCUCAACUGGUGGGGAAAAUUCAGCAGCCCUAACUACCCUAUGAGCAAUUAUCCUGCUUCCAGAGAUUGUUCCUGGAUCAUUACUGUGCCAUCUGAUAAACUUGUCAAGUUAGUAUUCAUUGAAUUGGCCUUUGGUUCAUGUGAGUUUAAUUGCAGCUCGGAUAAUUGCACCUAUGUGGAGUUAUAUGACGGUUCCUCAGCAAAUUCUUCUUCGCUGGGACGAUUUUGUAACGGUUCAGCCUUGCAAAAAGUGUUCUCAAGUGGUAACCAGAUGUUCGUGAAAUUCCGUUCCGGUUCUUCACUUGAUCGGGGAUUUGAAGCGCAGUAUUCUAUGUUUUCAGGCAGACCAACAACAACAACAACAACAACAACAACAACAACAACAGUUCUCUCUGCUGGAGCCGUGGUGUCCGCUGUCUUGUUGCCUGUUACCCUGGCAAUCUUCGCUGCCUCGAUCUUUUAGCUCUGCAGAAGUUUUAGUCACAGUUGUCACAAACAACUCUGCCGGAUUUCCUAACAGAAUAGCGAUCUUAAAUGUUGUAGUUGCGUGUUCUUGGUAAACUUGUUAGCUAAACAACAGGCCAAGCAAUAAUAACCAUUAGCUCGAACUAACAAGAAAACUGUCUUUGAACAUCAUGUAGCCCUAAGAAUUAAAUUCACUGGUGGGUAGGUAGGUAAGUAAGUAGAUAAGAACAGUAAGUAACUAACUAGGCAGGCAGGUAGGGGGGUAGGUAAUAUGUACUUACUGACUGAGUGGAGAUUGGCGGAAGGGAAAAUAUUUGGCGAGAGGUCGGAACGUGCAAACCAAGCGCUGCAAGGUCUGUGCUUCCUAACCGAGCUAACAUGGAUCUAGAGGAAAUUAUGUUAGAGGAAGUUAUGUAAAAUAGCCGUGGACCGGAGCAAAUUAUGUUACUGUCCGGCCCAACUUCACUUAGUCAAUAAGCAUAUUGUCACUGAUGUGACCAUUUUUUUGCUCUUCAUUUGAGAGGCGUGUUUGACUUUCUUUCUAUACCUUCGGAAUAAGUGCGCGGCUGAAGUAGUUCUUCAUUGGAUAGUUCGCCAGGAUAGUAAAAUUUGGAAUGUUCACUUUCAUCACUUAGUAUAAAAUAAAUCAAAAUUUUGUAGAAACAAAAGUCUUUCUGUCAUUAAUUUUUAACUCGUAUUAAUUUGGAGAGGCCGCGCGUGUUUCUAGUAGGGCCGCACGAGUUUUACCCGCCCUAUCGUUUCGACGCGUACGCUCCUGAUACAGGACCUUUUUUCUUAUCAGUUUUCCAAGAAAAUAGCGCGUGAGGCCGGGUCAUGAUAAUAGAAAGUAUUUCACAAAUACGACAUGAGAACAGUUUUUAACCACAAUUGUUGCUAAUCUCGCAAUCUGAUUGGCUAAUUUGCCGUUGUCGAUAAGAGUCCAGACCAUGCUGCUCGCGUCAAUGUGUCGCGCAAUGCCUUAUGCAGCUCGCCCUCUGAAAACAACAUUUUCUUUGACCUUGAUAUUGUGGUAAAAAACAAAUCGAAAUGUGGUUUAGCGUGGUCUA